UCCAUGCCUUUGAUAAGGAGAUAGUUCUGAACUGCGCGACAGAGAACAAACGAAACACGAUCGCAAUGUAUCGAGAGAUUAGAACAGCGUCAGGCGAGAGAUAAAACACCACGGCUUUAUAAACGCGACUGCAGAACAGAGGAUCCCGAACCGGGACCGAGACCGCGAACGCACAGGGUAAUAACUCUUUGAAUCGGUAUUGUGAGUGAGUUAACGGCCCUAAAAACAAAACUAAAACAAGCCAACGAACAAUAAACGAUGGGUCUGGCUUUAAUGAAAGCGUUGCGGUCGCGGCUGGCAGACACGCCACACGCAGACCCCGCGUCGGAUUUCGGGGCAAUGCGGGUGUCCCCUUGCCUCCGCCUGGAGACGAUCCUGGACUCGCCCGGGGUCCCCUUGCAGGAACGUUUGCGCCACGGCUGGAACCCGUCCGACUGCUCCGCCAGCUUCACCGUCACCGCCGACGGGCUCACGGCGAAACGCAGCCCGGUGGCCUGGAGCACGGACUCCAUACGGGGGAAAGAAGGCUUCUCCGCCGGCAUCCACGUCUGGGAAAUAACGUGGCCGGCAGGGCAGCGCGGAUCCCACGCCGUGGUCGGGGUCUCUACCGCCGGCGCUGCUUUGCAAGCGCCCGGCUUUUCCGCACUGGUCGGCAGCGACGGUGAAUCGUGGGGCUGGGAACUGGGGAGGAAUGAGCUCCACCACGGAGGGGCGACAGUCGGUACCUACCCGUUGGCCGGACCGGCCGGCUCUCGGUCGCCGCUUGCCGUGCCCGACGCAGUGCUUGUGGUGUUGGACGCGGAUGCAGGGACCCUGGGGUUCGCGGUGGACAGACACUACCUUGGCACGGCUUUUUCGGGACUGGGGCGGGGAAAGUUUCACCCCAGCGUGAGCGCCGUGUGGGGGGACUGCGAGAUUGGGAUCUGUUACCUCAACGGGAUGCAGCGGCAGCCCCAGCCGCUAAUGGACCUGUGCAGACGAGCCGUGCGCCGCUCCGUGGGACCCGAGACGGAGACAGCGACUAGAAGCUUACCGCUACCUUCUGCAGCCAAGCGAUUUCUGCUGUAUCGAUAGCAAUGGUUUGGUAUCGUAGACCACCACCAGAGGGCGCCAACUUCCACCAAAACCCGUUGUAUUUAUGUAAUUAUUUAUCUCUGUAUUUAUUUGAAUAUAUAUAUGCAUAUGUAUUUGUAUGUACACUGUGUACGGUAUGUACCAUAUUAAAAUCAAUUCCAAUUCUCCAAUUCGCAUCCCCUUUUAAUCCAUCCCAACGCAUUUAUUUAUUGAUCAAAAAUUGCAAUUUGCAGUAUUCUGUUAAAAAUGAGCAUAAACU